AUGUUGAUUCUCUUUUCAAUGUAGUGUCCAACAUUGUUAGGAGCUCAACCAACAUUGCUGACUCUCUUGACCUCAAGCAAGUGAAGUCCGUUGAUUUGGUAGAAGACAACGUUCCCCAAUCUGCUCUCAAACCAUCUUACACUCUCCUUAAAGAGAUUGCCUGUCAGAUGACAUGUCAUUCAUUCAACACAUGGAACGCACAUGAGUCAGUGGUAGCGAUUCUUGAGAAGUUGAAGAGCUACACUUGGGAUGCUAAGGCAGUGAUAGCACUCUCCGCUUUCGCUUUGGACUAUGGAGAGACAUGGCGGCUGACGCUGACGCAAGCGAGCAAGAAGGAGAACGCACUUGAGCUGCAUGUGUUCAGGCUUGCACAAGAGGAGAAGAAGCUGAGCCAGUCGAAUUCAGAUCUCAUAAGCACUUUGGUUGACAGAACAUUGCAACUCAUAAAUGGUAUCAUCACUUUGGAAAAGUUCAUUGCCAACAAAUCAUACACUCCAAAGGACCUUCCAGCUCUCUUCAAAGCUCCUCGUGAUCUUUACACUUAUUGGAUUCUUCUCUCCCUUCUUGCUUGUGCCAAUCAAUUGUCUCAAUUGGAAUGGAACAUCAAAUCUGAAGUUGUUGCGAGGCUCAAAAUUGUUCUCACACAACUAAAUGCUGAUUUAGACGAAAUUAAACGCCAAAAAGGUUACUCUAGAUGAACUAAAAACAAAGAAUUUAUUUUUGUUCAUAUCUGGGCUUGACAACAUUGAAGAUGAGAUUUGGUCUCUAAAAGCCAUAUAUAAUUCAAUCAGCAAUGACAAAGACAAGAAGGAUUAUAAAAUUCUUUGGGUGCCUGUUGUGGAAAAUUGGACCAAUGAAGCCAAGGAAAAGUAUGAGCAUUUGAAGUCUUUGAUGCCAUGGUAUGUGGUGCAAUACUUCUCACUCAUCAAAGGUUACAAACCGUUGCAAGAAGAAUGGAAUUACACAGGUAAACCUAUUGUGGUGGCGGUUGAUGCUCGUGGAAAGAUUAUAAACAAGAACGCAUUGCACUUGAUCUUUGUGUGGGGCAUUUCAGCCUUCCCAUUUAGAAUUGAGGACGAGGAAAGAGUUUCCCAGCAUUGGAACUGGCUUUGGAUUGAAGCAUUUAAGAUUAAUGCUGAUAUUCAAAAAUGGGUGAGGCAAUACAAUGGGUACGUUUUCUUCUAUGGAGGUACAGACAUCACAUGGACUCAAAGGUUCGGCAAUCUUAUUGAAGCUAUGAAAAAGGACCCCAUCAUCAAACAAACAGAAUCAUACAUUGAACACUUCAACCUUGCAAAGGUUGACAUAGCAACUCAAACCAAGUUUUGGUUUAACAUAACCAACUCAUUCCUCAGCAAGACUCAAAAGGUUGACUUUAACCUUGACUCCACUCUCAAAGACAUUCAAACUCUUCUCUCCAUGAGAACCGAGAGGGGAUGGGCUCUUGUGAGCAAAGGCGAGAAUGUAAUCUUAAUUGACUUCAAUGAAGUGAUGAUGAGUGUGGUGGAAGGCUUCGAAAACUGGCGAACCAACAUAUCGAUGUCGAUAAGCUUCGACAUUGCUUUUAAGGACUACUAUGAUCAUGUUGGGAGGACUGUCCCUCGCCAUUGUCUCCAUUUUCAACUGGAGAACAUUCGCUCCGGCGUUCCUACUGCCUUCAAUUGCCCUGAUUCGACAUGUGGCCUGAAGAUGGAGAUUGAGUCUGUUAAGUACAAAUGUUGCCACGGCAUGCAUUAUGACGAACAUGCAACCGAAAAUGGUUCACUUGUUCCUAUAGCCACCGGUUCCUUGCAGACAACCAAUGAAUAUGUUACCACCCCAAUGUCCAAGAAUAAAUUUACUUAACUAUAUGGGUUUUUCUAUAACUAAUCUUCCAAUAAAGCAGAUUAUGUGUUUGGAUUAUUAUGUUUUAUCAAUUAGAGUUUGUGCGAGUCUGUCAAUGGCAUGCUAAGUCUUAGUGGCUUCAUGCAUAUAUACCCCAUAAUUUGUACGCUUGUUAUGUAUUUGUAUUCAAUGAAAUAAAAAUUGGGUUGUGCACUGUUAAAA